AUGCGUGGACUGGAUGAAAGCACCGAAGUUCUGAUGCGCACUGGCCAGAAAGCCCAGGAGCAAGUGAAACAUGCCUGGGAUGGCUUUGUUAACUUUGCAGCGCGGGACAACGUCCUAGAGGUCGCGUUAGGUUUGAUCAUCGCAAAUGCAUUUACACAAGUCGUGACAUCUUUCGUAUCCGAUAUGGUCUUGCCGAUCGUCUCCCUUCUUCCGUUCCUCAAUAGGAACAUGGACCAGAAAUUUGCCGUUCUCUCCAAAGGUCCUAACUUUAGCCAUGAGAUAGGGUACAAUACCCUCCGUCAGGCGAGAGAUGAUGGGGCGCUGGUUCUUGCCUAUGGAAUGUUUAUCGAGACAAUUCUCAACUUUCUGGGUGUCAGUCUUACUCUCUAUGCGGUUGGGCAUUUGUACAUGUUCAUUUUUCACAACAAGAUCAUCAAGCGGACCGUUCAGUGUCCGUAUUGCAAACAGUACAUCAGCGAUGCGGCUAUGCGGUGCCGCCACUGCUCGACAUGGCAGGAUGGAAGAGAAGAUGAACCCAAGAGCGAUAAUGAUUCUUCCGAGCAAUUAUUGACAGUGCCAUCAGUGCCAUGA